GCGGGACAAGACGGGAGAGGGCGAGUUGGGGAGUGGCGGUUGCGAAAUUGCUUAGGUGUCAACGAUGGUAGCGGCUGGAGCUUUGUCUUUGUUGAGAUGCGGCAGAAAACCAAGGUGGAAUAUGCCUCUCUGCAUAAAUCAUUGGAUGACUCAUUCUUGUCUCUUUAAAUCUUUCAAAUCAAAAGCUUCACCGCACAUAGUCAAAGAAGGAUUGACUUGUGCUCCACUUCAGACAUUUACAGAAGAGGAGUUAAUGAUUAAAGAAACAGUAAAAAAAUUUGCUCAAGAGCGAGUUGUUCCAUUAGUACAAAAAAUGGACGCUGAUGCAAAAUUGGAUGAUUCUUUACUCCAAGACCUAUUUGGACAAGGGUUAAUGGGUAUUGAGCUUGAAGCAGAAUAUGGAGGAACUGGAUCUUCUUUCUUUUCUUCCAUUCUGGUAAUUGAGGAGUUAGCCAAAGUUGAUCCAUCUGUAUCACUUGCAUGCGAACUCCAAAAUACUUUCAUUAAUAAAAUAUUUACAACAUAUGGCACAGAAGAACAAAAGAGAACUUAUUUGCCCAGGCUGGCAAAAGACACGAUGGGCAGCAUCUGCAUUAGUGAACCAGAAUUUGGCAGUGAUGCCUUUUCCAUGAAGACUCGUGCUGAAAGGCAAGGGGAUUACUAUAUCAUCAAUGGAUCAAAGAUGUGGAUUUCCUUUGCAGAACAAGCAGGAGUGUUUUUGGUGAUGGCAAACGCAAACCCUUCAGUGGGCUAUAAAGGAAUUACGUGUUUCAUAGUAGACCGUAAUACAGAUGGCCUACAUGUAGGAAAGAAGGAAGAUAAGCUGGGAAUCCGAGCAUCAUCUACAUGUCCUGUAACAUUUGAAAAUGUGAAGGUUCCUGAAAGUAAUAUAUUGGGACAAGUUGGUCAGGGCUAUAAGUAUGCUAUUGGAAUGCUGAAUGUAGGAAGAAUUGGCAUAGGUGCGCAGUUGCUGGGAUUAGCACAGGGGUGUUUCGAUCGUACUAUACCAUACACAAAGGAAAGAACCCAGUUUGGAAAAAGCAUCUUUGAUUUUCAGGGAAUGCAACAUCAGAUUGCUCAAGUGGCCAUUCAGAUAGAAGCUGCAAGGUUGCUGAUCUAUAAUGCUGCCCGACUUGCAGAAACUGGGAAGCCAUAUAUAAAAGAAGCAAGUAUGGCUAAAUAUUUUGCAGCAGAGGUUGCAGCUCUAACGACAAGUAAAUGUAUUGAUUGGAUGGGUGGAGUUGGCUUCACAAAAGAUUAUCCAAUGGAAAAAUAUUACAGGGACAGCAAAAUUGGUACCAUAUAUGAAGGAACUUCAAAUAUCCAGUUAAACACCAUUGCAAAGUGCAUUGCUCAAGAGUACUGAAAUUCCAGAAAUUGAAUGACUGUUGCCAAACUGAUUUCUUCACAGAAAGUGAAAUAUGCUUCGCCUUGCUUGUGGGUUGCAAAUUACCUGUUUAUUUCCAGGUUUUAGAACAAGGAAACCAAAUUAUAGUAAUUUUUAAUCAUUGUGCAACUCUCUGUACAAGAGUACAAUAUAAGUGGCU